AUGCCGUCCGCAACAGUCCCACUACCUGCCAACGCGGCAUUGAUCGUCGUUGACGUCCAGCUAGCGUUCGAAGAUCAAACGUACUGGGGCCGGCGGUCCACGCAGUCCGCCGACACGAAUGUCGCCCUCCUCCUUGACACGUGGGAGCACACCUCACGACCCAUAAUCUACGUCCAGCAUGAAUCGUCUUCGCCCCAAUCACUGUUCCACCAAUCCAACCCGGGGCGUGCGUUCAAGCCGUUCCUCAUGAACCGAAACACGACGACACCGGCUCUACAUGUGCACAAGGGCGUCAACUCGUCGUUCCACGGCACACCAGACAUGGCCGCGUGGUUGCGUAGCCACGGGAUUAACGACGUGGUUGUUUGUGGAAUCACGACCAACCACUGCUGCGAGACCACGGCCCGUGUCGGCGGCAACCUCGGAUUCAACGUGUGGUUCGUGCUGGAUGCAACGCACGCAUUCGACCAAACGACGCCCGACGGCGAGGUGGUGCCCGCUGACACGAUUAUCAAAGUUACAGCGGCCAACCUCCACGGCGAGUUUGCGACUGUUGUCAAGGCUGCGGACGUGGCCAAGGCCGCCACGGGAGGAGGGCUGUUGCUCAAGGUGGUGUAA